GAGUCUCCAGAAGGUGUUACUGCACUGAAAAAGGCUCUAGAUGACCCAUCUACACGGGAAGCCAUUAAAAAGUAUAUAACUGAUCCACAAAUACACUCAUUGAUUGUCCAAAAGCUUUCUAACAAAGACGAGGAAGAGGAAGGUGGAGAAGUUAGUAUUUCGUAUUCAGUAUUAAUCGACGUGAAAUUUACCAGCCCUAAAGUCCUAAGGGAUGGCGACAAGAUGGCACCUAGUGUUGAGAAGACGAUGACAGAGUUGGAGAUGGGUCUCCUGCACCUUCAGCAGAACAUCGACAUUCCCGAAAUCACACUUUCUGUGCACCCAGUCGUCGCACAAAUGAUACGCCAAAGAGCUGAAGAAGGGAAAAAGGCGAAGACGUCGGAUUUCGAGGAUAAGCUAGAGGAUGCACAUUUUCUCAAUUCUCUACAAGCCGGCGUUACAAAACUUGAUAGAGAUCCUGCUUCCGGAACCGCUCUUCAAGAAAUAACUUUUUGGCUUAACCUCGAGAGAAGUUUGGCUCGAAUUCAAGAAAAACGCGAAUCUCUGGAGGUUACUCUUACUCUGGAUAUCCUUAAACACGCAAAACGAUUUCAUGCCUUAGUCAGCUUUGAUACAGACACGGGUUUGCAGCAGGCACUUGCUACGGUAAACGAUUACAAUCCUCUCAUGAAAGACUUUCCCUUAAACGAUCUGUUAUCGGCAACUGAACUGGAUAAAAUCCGUCUUGCCGUACAGUCUAUCUUUACGCACCUUCGAAAAAUCAGGAAUACGAAGUAUCCUCUGCAACGCGCCUUGCGGUUAAUUGAGGCCAUAUCCAGAGACCUAAGUGCCCAAAUCCUCAAGGUGUUGGGCACUCGUCGUUUAAUGCACAUGCCUUUCGAGGAAUUCGAACGUGUGAUGGCGUCUUGCUUUGAGGUGUUCGCUACAUGGGACGAUGAAUAUGAUCGACUUCAGGGAUUGAUGCGUGACAUUAUCAAAAAGAAACGCGAAGAGCAAAUGAGGAUGGUAUGGCGUAGCAAUCCUGCUCAUCGUCACUUACAAAUACGUUUAGACCAAAUGCGAAAAUUCCGUCACCAACACGAACAGUUGCGACAAGUCAUCGUUCGUGUCCUGCGCCCUCUUCCCGCUCGAGUUACCCAAGGCGACAAGGAAUCAAGUGAGCAUCCUGGUGAUCAGGCGGUGGCUGAUGCCGUUCUAGGCGAUCCAGCAAAGUCUGGUGGAAAGGACCAGCCACUGCUCGAUGCGUCCGAUGCCAAUGCAAUCGAGGAAGUGAACUUGGCAUAUGAGAUCGUGAAGGAAGUGGACUGUUUGGAUGUCAGCAAAGAAGGCACAGACCCAUGGGAGGCGGCAAUUAAGCGAUACGAUGAGCGCAUCGAUCGCGUUGAAACUCGAAUUACUGCGCGGCUGCGGGACCUUCUGGGAACGGCUAAGAAUGCGAAUGAAAUGUUCCGGUACUUCUCACGUUUCAAUGCACUGUUUGUGCGCCCACACAUUCGAGGUGCAAUCCGAGAGUACCAGACUCAAUUGAUCCAGAGGGUGAAAGACGACAUAGAGGCACUGCAUUCGAAAUUCAAGACCCAAUACUUGUCUAGUAAUGCGUAUCAUAUGACGAAGCUUCGUGAUGUUCCCCCUGUCGCUGGUUCCAUCAUAUGGGCCCGGCAGAUUGAACGACAACUAAAUGCUUAUCUCCGUCGUGUGGAAGAUGUGUUGGGUAAAGGAUGGGAGCAUCACAGAGACGGCCAGCUACUCAAAGCAGACGGGGAAAGCUUUAAAGCGAAACUAAAUACUACGGAGCUGUUCGAUGAUUGGGCUCGUAAAGUUCAACAGAAACAUGAUCAUACACUCGGUCGUAUAUUCAACAUUGAGCCAACUCGUGCCAGGAUUGCAACAAAAGAAGGUGAAACCCAGACAGUCACCGUCCUGAAGCUCAAAGUCAAUUUCCAACUGGAAGUAAUCACAUUAGCCAAAGAAGUAGGUGUUGGACUAUUCUUCAAUUGA